AUGGCGUCGAAGGUGGCGAUCCUGUGCUUUGCCGUAGCCGUGGUGUGCUGGCCCGAACUCCGUGCCACUUCCGGUGCGGUGCUGUUCAACGGUGCGUAUAGUGACACGUCGCUGGUAGAUGACAUUGAGCAGGAGUUGCUGCGCUUCGACGGUGGCAGGCAUUCCCUGGCGGAUCAGGGCGAGGAGCCAGACUUCAGGACGGAUUUUGAUCUGUCGCAGCUCCACCCCAUCUCGGCCACCCCGUCCUUCACCCUGGACCCGUCCUACAUUGGCCCGGACGACGUGUUUCUGGCAACCCGCACCAAGCGCGCCAAUUGGGUCGCGCUGGACGCCAGCAAACGGGCCAAACUGCGCAAACGAAAGCAGGACAAGGAACGGUUGGAUGACGACGAAGAACGGGAAAGGCUGGUGGAGGAGGAAGAGGAGGAAGAGGAGGAGGAAGGAAAGGUCGUCAGCUCGGCGGAUGAACGGGAGCCAGCUGAACCGCUCGAGGAUUACGCGACGCGCUACGAGCAAUUCAUUGCGAAGCACUUCGACGACGACGGCGACGACGUGGGGAGCAGCAAGCGGCGUGAGAAGUCGGCCCAAACCCGGAAGGCCCCGGCCAAGAAACCGGCCCCGGGUGCUCAACACGAGGAUGAUGAUGAUGAUCGGGAGGAGCAGGAUGGAGACUACAAGUUCGACCGCUUCGAUUACUCCUCGUCGGCGGACUACGAGCGCAUCAAGGCGGAGUCGGAGGAGCAGAGCAAGCGACUGGCGGCCGAUCCGCGGAACUGUCGGACCUACGAAAAGGACGGCAUGGUGUGCUCGGUGUGCCACGAUCCGGCCAGCGAGAGCGCGUCGGAGAACUGUGCCUACGCCAACGAGCCGCACCACCGGAAGUACGCGUUCGUGAAGGAGCGCAACUACGACAGCAAAAAGGAUGCACCGCAGGAGGCGCACGAUGCCGAUGAUGACGAAGGCGACGACGAUGGUGAGGGAGCCGGGCGAGCGGACUCGCGCCCUGAACGGGAAGCAGUCCCACCAUUGGGUAGCAGCAGCAGCACCACCACCACAAGCACCCCAGACCGGAAGCAGCAUCCUUUGAGACGACCGAUUCUCCGCUCGAACCCACACCAGCUGGCGACGGUGGUGACGACCAAUGGUGGAGGCUACCGGUACCAACCGCCGGCGAUCGACCUGCGCUCCAACCGGGCCAUGAAACUGCAGGCCGAGCGAGCGGACGGAGCCGACGAGCCGACGGACAUCUACGUGAUGGACUACGGCGACCAGGACGAGGUGGCUAAGGUGCUGAAGGACUUUGCGUCGCGCGACUGGUCAAACUGCCGCAAGGGUAACCGUACGGAGAACGGCGAGCUGACCUGCUACCAGUGCCGGGAUGCGGCUGGCGUUAACCACGAGGAAUGUAUGUACGUUUCAGAAUCGCGCCAGACGGCGACCGGUAUCGUGAGCCCACCCGACCCGCCGAAGGACAAGAAGCUACGCAAACGCAAGAAGGUCGUUCCGCUGCGUAAAGCCGCACUGAUGUCGCCGAGGAUCGAGAUCGAGCCCCCCCACACGGGCAAGCAAAACGAGAAGCAGACGGUCAAGCGGACGGUGUCGUUCCGGAGCUACGUGGCCGGUUCCGGCCUGGGGCGACCGGGAUCAUCGAAAGUCGGACCGCACGGAGUCAGCCCGGGAGGGCCGGGUGAGCGUGUCAUCCGCUACGAGCACCACAUCUCGCACGAGGUUCCGUAG